ACAAUAGGUCAACAUCGAUCAUAUGAUUGAAUCGAACGACGAUACCGCUGAAAUAGAAUGUUUCUUUUGUCCGGAUAUUAAAAAAACGCUUUUAUUUCUGCACACUAAUCUUGACCGAACAAAGAACAAGUUCGAUACGGAAGUGUGUUAGUGACAUAACAUUUGGGUUGUUGUAAUAAUUGAUAAAUAUUAUAUAUAUUUUGACGUAGUCAUUUUAAUCUUAUCCCGGUAAUUGCUGGUGUGGCAGGACGGCAAAGGUAUAUAGAGGCAAGGUGAGUGCGCGGCCGGUUGAUUGUCAGGUUGUGGUGGAAGCGCGAACGACGGCGCGACGCGAACGCGAGAUAAUAUACGUACUUCAUACAAUCGAUCCCAGUACAAUAUAAAAAGCUUGUGAUAUUAUUAUUAUUUAUAUUAGUUUUAUAGAUGUAUUUAAAUAGGUUCGAUUUAUAAUAAAUAUUACGAGAGCAAACAUUGACACUGUGAUUUUGUUAAGUGGUGGUAUUUUUAUCAAAAAUGUUGACCGGUUGGCAGUUCGUUCUUUCGAAAUUAUUCGUGAUACCUCAACGAUGGGUUAUGGCGAUCAUGGGAUUCCUCGCAGUCGCGAACGCGUACACGAUGCGGGUUUGCCUCAACAUUGCGAUAACACAGAUGGUGAGACGGCACGCGCCCACACCGGCUUAUGAGGACGGCUCCUGCCCUGGUGACCUGGAUGAAGUUAUUGCCGAUCCCACAGAAAUAAGCGGAUACAACUGGGAUGAGGAGACCCAGGGCAUUAUACUCAGUGCAUUCUAUUACGGGUAUAUAGUAACACAUCUACCUGGGGGUAUGCUCGCUGAGAGGUUCGGCGGAAAAUACUCUCUCGGUUUCGGUGUUUUGAGUACAGCUGUAUUCACGUUACUAACUCCUUGGGCAGUGAACAUGGGGGGCGCUACAGGGCUUAUUAUUUUAAGGGUUCUGGAGGGACUUGGUGAGGGUACAACUUUUCCGGCUUUAAACGCGAUGUUAGCUCGAUGGGCACCUGUCUCUGAGAGAGGACGAAUGGGAUCGCUGGUAUUUGGAGGAGCGCAAAUCGGUAACAUUGCAGGAACAUAUUUCUCAGGACUGGUCAUCAAAGAGACCGGCGAAUGGCAAUCAGUUUUUUAUCUUUUCGGGAGCAUCGGUAUACUCUGGUUCAUUUUAUGGGCACUAUUGUGCUAUAACGAUCCUGAAUCUCACCCUUACAUUUCUGACAAAGAAAAAAAAUAUCUCGAAGAAGCUCUAGGCAGGCAUCAAAACACUCAACCUUCUGCAAUUCCUUGGAAACCCAUUUUCACGUCCGUCCCUCUCUGGGCUCUGGUUUGUGCACAGAUCGGCCACGACUACGGAUAUUUCACAAUGGUGACAGAUCUUCCGAAAUACAUGACCGGAGUAUUAAAAUUCGAUAUUCACCGGACCGGAACGCUCGCUGCUCUGCCUUAUGCGGUUAUGUGGAUAAGCUCGAUUUUAUUCGGAUGGAUGUGCGAUAAAAUUGUUAAACGACAAUGGCUGACGGUGACAAACGCCAGAAAGACCUUUACAACUAUAGCUUCCGUUGGUCCCGGCAUAUGUAUGAUCUUAGCAUCUUAUUCUGGUUGCAACACUGAAACCGUAGUGAUUCUAUUCACCGCAUCUAUGGGUCUCAUGGGUGCUUUCUAUCCAGGCAUGAAAGUUAAUGCUUUGGACUUAAGCAGUAACUACGCGGGUACCAUUAUGGCAAUUGUUAAUGGUAUUGGAGCUAUUACUGGUAUCAUCGCGCCAUAUUUAGUGGGAUUACUAACGCCCGAUAGUACUUUAACCCAAUGGCGAUUAGUAUUUUGGAUAACGCUGGCCGUUUUCAUCGUAACAAACUUGGUGUUUGUUGCUUGGGCAUCUGGGGAUGAACAGUGGUGGAAUUCCUCAUCCCAAGACGCAAAGAAACAGGAAGUUGAAGCAGCAACGAAUCAAUCGAUAAACAGUGAAGUGAAAUUGUAACAAAAUAAAUAAUUAGUGUCGAUCCAGGAGCCAUUAUUGGAUAAACAGGGUUGACGAUUGGUCUUUACAGGGUUGAUGAUUGAUCGAUGGUAGAGGCUAUUGAUUGUAUCGAUAUUAAAUCGAUUUAAAAUAUCAAUGGAAGUACAAUCGAUUUGAUCAAUCUUCCUUUUACAAAACUUAAUGAAGGAAAAUCUCUUUUCAAAAGUAUUAAAAAAAAACAGUCGAACUUGUAGAAGAUUUGCGAACGUCGGAAUAAAAUGUUGACGUGCGAACUGAAGUACAAAACUUAAAUAAUUUCGAUAUAUUGGCGAAUAAUUUAUCCACAGCCUGUGCUUUGUGAUAAUAAUAGAAUAAUUUAAUCUAUUGAUAUGAUUGGAUGUAUUGGUUAUGAGAAAAUUAUUAAAUAAGUUAUCACAUUAUGUAUUAAUAUGGAAUACUAUUUACAACUGAUUCCUAUGUUUAAAACGAAUAGAUUUUUUAUUAAAAAUUGGUGAUAUUUAUUAUCAACCAAAGCGACUUUAUAAAGCCCAUUAAAGAUUUGAAGUCAUAGAAAUUUUGGAACAAUAGACUUAUCAUAGUUAUUAAGUAAUAAUAUAUGUUUUUUUUACCGAAUCCGUUAUUUACCAGCAAUUUAAGAAUUAUGAUCGGUUGUAAAAUGACAAUUAUUACACAAAACUUCAUAGGGUUAUUAUAAUAUCGUGACUAAGCACAAAAUAAAAUGUAUCGAUUUAUGUGUUACAAAAUAUCUGCAUGUAGUAUUAUAUAAUACAAAAAAUAAAUACGAUCAACUUUUAUAUUAUUAAAUUUAAAAUGUACAUUUAAUUUCAUAGACAACCAUAAUAAAAGGAGAGCGAUUAUUUUUAAAUAAAUGUUGCCAUAUGAAAAAAAAAAAAUAUCCUCUAUCGUUCAGUUUUUAUAACGGCGUACAAAAUAAAUUUGCAUUUCAAAGCUUAAUAUACCAGCGUAAAUUUUAACUAAUGUGAGUGAAAACAUAAUUAUGUCUAUAUUUAUUUAGUUGUUAUUAAGGGGCACGAUCGAAUUUUAAAUAUUUUGUUCACUAAGAAUUUUAUUGUGAAAAUUUGAUGAAAGGCUGUGAACAGACUAUGAUUAUGUAUUGUUAAAAAUUUGACAAUGUGCAAUUGUGCCAUUCGAUAGAUCUUUAUGUGUGAAUAAUUAUGAUAAUUUUAAUACUAAAUCGUUAUAAGUCUGUCGUGCAAGCUAUUUAUGAGUAUAUCUGAGAUAUUAGGUUACUCUUUUGUAUAAUAACAUUAUUAAUGAUAAUUGUUAAAUAAAAAUAUCAAAUAAUAAUGA